AUGGGAUUGCGACUGCCGGCCAAGCUUCGGCCCAUGCCUUACGUUUACAAGCACUUUCAUCCGCUGAAGGUAAAUCGCGGCCACGUGUGCGCCGUCUAUUGCAUCGAGUUCGACAAAUCGGGCCGGCUCCUGGCCACGGGCUCCGAUGACAAGCUGGUCAAAAUAUGGUCCGUUGAAACCGGGCGUCUGGUUGCAACACUGCGAGGGCACGAGGGCGACAUUACAGACAUCAGCAUUGACCCGGAAAACAAGUACAUAGCCAGUGGCUCAAACGACAACAUCGUCCGCGUAUGGUCCCUCCGCGACUUCUCCCCCAUCGCUGUCCUGUCUGGGCACACCAACGCCGUCACAGCUGUCGCCUUCUCGCCCUCGCCCUUCCCCAAGACUCGCGUGCUUCUGUCUACCUCGCUCGACGGUUCUGCCCGCCUAUGGUGGGUUGACGAGAUGGCGCAGCAGAUGGCGCAGGGGGACAGUGACGUCUUCGAGACGCGCUCAGUCGUGCUGGCGCCGAUUUUUGUGAGCAAAGUCUUGUGUUCAAACUUCGACGCCACGGGCACCUAUUUUGUCACCGGAUGCAGCGACAAUGUUGCCCGAGUGUGGGCCGUUUCGUCCGCCCACUCCACCGUGGCCGUCCAGCCACCGGCCCCACAAACCGCGGAGGAGUCGGAGCAAAGGCAGCCCGAGCCCAAGCGGCCCCGUCGUACGGCCACUGGGACCGGCACCAACGAGCAUACCUUACCCAUCAUCGUCACCAUGGCGUUAUGGAGCCUGGACGAUCAGUACGUCAUCACCGCUCUCUCCGACUUUACAAUCAAGGUAUGGGACGCCAAGACAGGCGCCCUGGUGCAUACGCUGCGCGGGCACACCAACUCGGUGUACGUGCUGGAUUCCCACCCGGUCGACCCGCGGAUCAUAGUGAGUGCUGGCUACGAUGGCCGCGUGACCUUUUGGGACAUCAACAAGGGCGAAGCUGUGCAGAGCCACAAGAACGCGGAUCGCCAACUCUUCGACGGCCACUUUGCUCGCAACGGCGCCUACUUUGCCGCGUCGGAUCACGAAGGCUUCUACACCUUGUACGGCACUGGCCCGACACAGAAAUACCAGAGCGUGCCAGUGGAGCAAUUCUUUGAGACCGACUAUCAUCCGCUCCUGCGAGACCUCAAUCACUGGGUGCUGGACGAAGCCACGCAGCUGCCGCCUCACCGAAUGCCCAAACCGCUUCUCUGCACCAUUGAUGGAGUGCCCUACAAACAACAACCUCCUGGUUAUGUCGGAGAGGUGGGCACGAUAGGUGUAGAUGUCGGUGAAUACGAGCAGGAGCGUGCCCGUCUCAUGUCUCUCAUCCGAGACAGCGUUCGCACGAGGGACGAGGUCACGCUGCUCAGCGGCGGCGAAGAAGAACCCGAGGCGGAGGACUCGGAAGAGUCCGAGUUCUGCGAGGGCUCAUCCGACGAAGAGCCUUUCUCCGAGCCCGAGUCCUUUGGGGACGCAUCGUUCGAGGGUAAUAGGAGGCUGCAGCCGCGAAAGCGCAAAUUGCGGUUCAGGUUGAGCUCCGACGAAGACGACCACAGCGAGAGCUCGGAGAGCGAACCAGGGCCGCGCACCCGUUCCCGAGCUCGAAAGGAGAACCUGCCGCUCGAUGAGACCAUACCUAUACCCAGCACCAUCAUCAUAGGGGAGGACGGUGUCUUCACAACAGCAGAGCAAACACCACCAGAAGGCCGCCGGCUCAGGCCCAAGAGAAGGAGCAGGAAACGGAUCAGACUCGGUGACGGUGAGGAGGGCUACGCAGACCAUCCCAUGAAGAGCAAACUGCAAGCAAUGACCAAGGUGAGGGGCAUCAAGAGUUGGCCCGACUGGCUAACUGCAACAGAGCCGGAUAGCCCAGUUACCCAAGUCUACAUUCCGCAAGUCAACGACGAGGUGGUCUACUUCCGCCAGGGUCACUCAAUUCACAUAGAGAAGUUUGCAAAGGUCCAGCAUCCGACGCCCCCAUGGGAGACAUUCCCGAGGCUUCGCGCGCAGGAGGUGUGCCGAGUGGUGCAGAUCGAGUACCGGCCGUCGCCCUACGGCAUUCAGACGCUCCUCACCCUCGAGCUGCUCGAUACGCUGCCGGUGCCUCCCAGCCCGUCGAUGCUUGGCGAAGACGAGUCGUACGAGCCCGAGGAGUCGUUGAACGCCAACCGACGCUUCAUGCUCUCCUACCACCCGACAACCCGCACCGUCGACUUCCUCGUACUGCGCAGCCGCUACGAGAGCUCGCUGGAGGCCUGCCACGUCGGGAGGCGCGUGACGGUCCUGUUCUUCUCCGGCAAGGAGGACGGCGUCUCGUCCAGGAAGUCGACCACCAUCACAGAUUCCGUGCGCCAGGCCGCAUGGUACUCGGGCACCGUGCUCUCGGUGUCGCCCCUGUCACCGGACACCUUUCCCGACAGCAAGUGGGACUGCCUAGAGGUGGCCUGGGACGACGAACCGGGAGAACCCGCCGGCACGGGGGGCGUCACCCGAGUGUCGCCCUGGGAGUCGAAGGAGUACCACUUCGAUAGCGCUGGCUCAGCCACAUCACCGCCUGUAGAUAGAGAAGGUUUAAACCUCCCCCGAUCAUGCCUUACGCUACACCAAAUAGUGCUGACCCUAGGGGCAUCUCCAUUGGACGAGUUAGUGUACCGCCGACUGGCCGAGGCGGUGGAGGAGCUUAUGGAGGACGGUGACAGCGUGUGGUUCAGGCAGCCGGUCUCGUUGAAGCUCGUAGCUGGUUACACCAAGCGGGUCUUCUGUCCGAUCGACCUCUCCACGAUGGCUCUGCGCCUGCGGAACCUUUACUACCGCUCCUUGCACGCUUUUGAAGCGGACAUUCGCCUGAUGGUAUUCAACGCGGUUUCGUUCAAUCAGCCGGGCAGCGAUAUAAUUGCGUCGGGCAAGCGGCUGAAGCAAAAGCUGUUGCAGGUCCUUCGAGAGCAUGGGCAUCACGUCGAAACCGACGAUGAGCAGGACAUGGAGGAAGUCGAGGUUGUCGAUCCGAACGAGAAUUACAUGCAAGAAGGGAACGUCGUUGCACACAGCGGCAUGACUCCGCCAAGGCGAGUGCCCAGAAGUGUCAAAGGCAAGGAAAAGGAGGAGGAGGAGAAGUUCUUCUUCGACGACGAAGAAGGCCGCGCCGCGGAGGACAGCGAGUCGCCUCCGCGCAAGCUCCGGCUCAAGAGGGCCAGGAGGAGAAGCGUAACCACCGUGAGCCACGAAGAAGACGGACAGGGUCUCGAAAUGGGCCUUGAUGAUCUGCUCGACGACGCAGCUGGCGACUACUCCACGACGAACCAGGAGCCGAUAGAGGAGGGCGACGAGGAGGAUUGGGGGCCAUCAGCAGUACCGCCAUCGCCAAUACGACCAGCCGCUGAGGAUAGGCCCGUGGUGAAGCUGAGGAUCUCAGCGGACCUGGUCCGCCAAGCCCUGCAGGGCGCGUCGCCCGCUGCGCCCGCUCGCCCGGCAAGCACGCCCCUGGCGCCCUCGACCUACACCGCGACGACCACCACCGCCACCACAGCCACCGGUGGCACGAGCUACGGCCGAAGGCCGCCCCGAGGAAAGGCGCACUCCGUCCCAGUCGCGUUUGGUUCAGUCGAGGAUGAGGUGCGCGCCGCUGGCCCGCGACGAAGUGGCAGGCAACGCCGAGCAGUGCAGUAUAUUGAGGAAGAGGACGAGGACGGCGGGGACAGCUAUUCGGAGCAGGUGAUGGAGACACGGCAGCCCGUUCCCCGUUCGACUCGAGCCGUUAUGGCAUCGUCGGCUGACGUGUCGCAGCGGCGGAGCGAACGGCAGCGGAGCAGGCCCAAGCGGUUCAUCGAGGAGGAAGAGGAGGAACCUGGAAGCGUGGAGGGAGCGGGCGAUGGUCAGGACAACGGGGUCGACGAGGGGAGUGAUGAAUCGUUUCAUCUCCCGCCAUCUACGGUCCCACGUCACGCGGGCCGGCCCAAGCGGUCCAGGGCCGACGCGGACGUGAGUGGCAGUGCUGUGGAAGAGAUCGCCCCACCACCACCACCACGCCGAUCCGCGAGGAGGAGUGGGGCCAAUAGGGCCGCGGCCGAGGAGCCAAAUUGGGAAGAGGAAGAGCUUUACGUGGAGGAGGAGGAGGAGUUGAUCGAAGUCCACGAAGAGGAGGAAGAGGACGAGUACAUGGAACAAGACGAGAGCGAGUAUCGGCCGCUCAAGGUUAGCUUGCGGCUGCGUGGCCCAGCAGCGGCGCCGCCUGAACCAGAAGAGGAUGAAGUGGAGGAGGAAGUCAGUGUGGAAGACGACGAUGGUGACGACGACUAUGAUGAGCUCUACAGCGAUUGA